UCGCAGGAGCUUAGUGGUGCUGUCUUACCCUCUCUCUCGCUUUCUUUCUCCGGCUCAUUCUUUUUGCUAUUGUUCCCUCACUCAGCUUUCAACAUGGUCGAGGCUUUCGUUGGCACAUGGAACUUAAAGGAGAGCAAGAAUUUCGAUGACUACAUGAAAGCCCUCGGCGUGGGUUUUGCUACACGUCAGGUUGGCAGUAUGACCAAACCCACGACCAUUAUUUCCAUGGACGGCGAUAUCAUUACACUUAAGACCGUCAGCACUUUCAAAUCCACAGAAAUCAACUUCAAACUGGGAGUGGAGUUCGAUGAGACCACCGCAGAUGACCGUAAAGUCAAGUCAAAACUAACACUGGAUGGAGAGAAGUUGGUUCAUGUUCAGAAAUGGGAAGAUAAAGAGACGACCCUGGUCCGAGAAAUCAGUGGCAACAAUCUCACAUUGACACUGACACUUGGCGACAUCGUCUCCACGCGACACUAUGAGAAGGGAGAAUAAAGGGAAACCUCAGUUACAACCUGUCCUCUUAUCCUGACGACAUAUUGUCAAUGGUUAUGUACAUUUUCAACCCUUUCUUUAGCACCGUUCCAGAAAGUCAGAAUAAAAUUCCAACUUCGUACCUCCAGAUGUCUGUACGAUUGCUUUUCUUGGGUGUGUGAUAUGCCACUACGUUCAGUGUUAACAUCUACAUCUUUGGUUUGCAAUAAAUGUGACAUUUGCUCCAAA